CAUUUGGAUCUGGCAACGCCGUUUGUGCUGCAGCCAACUUCACGCGAGACGCACUUGGAGCAAAACAGCAAAGUAUCAAAGAAUAAAAAUAUAUAAAAAUGAAUAUGUCAAAUUUGAACGACUUGCGGUCCUAUUCCCGCCACUGGUUAACCGAGUUCAUAGAGCAGUACCAGGAGGAGGAGUGCCUGUGGCAGCCAAAGCAUCAUGAUUACAGUAAUCACGCGUCCAGAAACAAAGCGUACGACAAACUAGUCGAAAAAUUAAAAGAAGUUGAGCCAAAUCCAGAUCGCGCCAUGGUCGUUAGAAAGAUCAAUUCAUUGAGAUCGGCAUUUCGUCGCGAGUUUCGCAAGUCAAGCAACAAAAGUGACUACGAGACACGUCUCUGGUACUACGACAAACUGCUCUUCAUAGCCGACCACAAACCCAAGAGACACUCUAAUGAAUUGGCCGGCAAACCAAAGCGUGAGUUGCACAUCAACUUUGACGACGAGGACUCGAUGGACUAUGAGGAGGAGUCGCAUCAUGCACCACAGUCCCAGCACACAAUUGAGACAAUCGUGCCCGCGUCCAGCGAUGAAGUCGAGGAAGUGGCGCCGUCUAACAACGUUGUCGUCAGCAGUCAGGGCACCACGCUCAGCACCAUAACCGUCACUCCGGCGGAUUGUGUAACCCUGGUCAAAGAUGAGUCGCAUCAGGCACAUCACGAAGAUGCCUCUGAGGCGCAUCAACGGUUGGUAGCACAGGCGACAGCCGCACAGACAUCCUUGGCUGCUGCUGCGGCUGGCGGACAUGCGGUUAAAGUAUUAGAGAUUACAUCGCUCGACUCGAAUUCGCAGCGCGAGAUCCAACAGGCUGUCAACUCGCUGGAGCAUCACCAGCAGCAGCUGCAGCACCUGCAUCAUCAGGCCAACGGUCAUGCCCAGCCAGUGCCGACCAUUCAAAUUGGACGCGAUCAUUACCAGCCGCUUUUUGGAAAUACGGCAACCACGGCAUACACAACAACAGCUCCCAGCACGUCACAUCGCCAUGAGGAUGAGUACGAUGCCAUUGGAGUAAAUGUUGCGAGUAAACUGCGAUCCAUUAACCAUACCCAACGUAUUAUUGCCGAGAAGCUCAUCAGCGAUGUUCUCUUCAACGCCCAGCUCGACAAUCUCACUGUCAAUUCCUCAUUGACGCAAUAAUUUAUUAUCUAUCUAUAUUUUAUAAAUCAAUUGUAAGAUAUGAAAACAACAAUCAAUUAAUUGUUCGUUUCCAUGUCCAAGAAGAGCAAAGUUUAAUUUACAUAAUUGAAUGCAUGUCCUUCGGCUAUCUGUUAGCAUGUAUUAUAAAGUUUUUAAUUUUUCAUAGAUUUAAUUACUGCAUAACUUUAAUGCAAUAAAUUAAUUUUAACUAGCAA